UUUGUUAUAAGUUGUCGCGUUGAAGCAUCUCUCCAAGUUUGGCCCUCAAAGUAUUAUGUAGAGAUAGAGAGAGACAGAGAGACAUGGCUAGGGGAAGAGGCAAAGCUUCAAAAUCCUACACUCUCCCUUCAACACCCUCUCACUCUUCUUCAUCUUCCGACUUCGAAUUCACCAUCUCCAUCUCACCUCGCAAAUCUUCCACCGCACUCUGUCCUGCCGAUGAACUCUUCUACAAAGGCCAGCUCCUACCUCUCCACCUUUCUCCCCGCAUCUCCAUGGUCCGCACCCUCCUCCUCUCCUCCUCCUCCACCUCAUCCGCCGCCUCAUCCUCCACCACCGCCCCUCGAGACUCCACUGGCAGCAGCUCAUCCUUCAACAGCGACCUCGCCAUCUUCCCCGACUGCGACUCCUCCCGCCCCAGCUCCGUCGCAGAGGACGACGAGCUCAAGCGACUUCACAUCCACAACAGCAACGACAACAACCCAUUAUUCCAACCCAACAUCAAGAAAACUCACAAGUACUUCUCCCUCUCCAGAUUCUCCUCUGUUUUCCGCAAGGAAAACGUCGCCAAGACCCGAGACCCGGAAAACGCAACUGGUUCCUCGGUGAAGCGAAUGAGCGCCACCGCGAAAGAGGUUAUCAGGAAGUACUUGAAGAAGGUGAAGCCUCUGUACGAUAAGCUCUCACAGUCGCAGUCACAGAGACAGGGGAGAACAGGGGAUUUGUCGGUGAGAACAGGGGAUUUGACGGUGGAGGGAUCGAUUUUGUCUCUGCUGGCGAAAACAGAGAGAUCUGGGAAGGAAACAACAACAGCAACAACAACAACAACAAUGGAAAGUGGUGGCGGUGCUGGUAAGAGAGGUUGGAAAGAGAACGUGGGUGUGCUUUCUCAUUCAUUUUCAGGGAACCUGAGAUACCCGCGAAGGAGAAGGUGCGUUUCGAGUUGCCCUUCUUCGAUGCGGUCAUCACCGAGCCACUCCGGCUUGCUCUCUCAGAAGGGGGUCCCUGCCGGCGUUGGUGGAAGAGACAAUUCCUCCAUGGAAGAGUUGCAGAGCGCAAUCCAAGGUGCCAUCGCGCAUUGCAAGAACUCUUUGAUUCAGAGCAAAACAGGGGUCAGUAACGAAAUCUGAAUUUUAAGGGCGUGUUUGGAUAUUCAAAAUUGAACUCAACUUUAUGUAUUAGUAAUUCAUAACAAUAACAAUUGAACUCUCUACUAACCUAUGAAUAUCCAAACAUAGUCUAGUAAUUAAGAGUUAGUAGUAUUCAUGCAUUUUUCUUCUACAAUUUGUAACUUGUUCUGUGAGAACCAUGUUAAAAAGUAACUUUUGUUAGUAUUUUUUACUAA